CCAAACAACUCCUCUCAGACAUGAUAGAUACAGCAAUAUCAAAAAGUAAAGCCGCUUCGAAAGAAAUUAAAAGUAACAUAGAAGCAACAGAUAAUAAAAAAUUACGAGACAUUCUAAUCCAUGAUGAAGAUCCUGAAACUGUCCGAAUGCGUAAUACGAUUACAGCUGAGGCAAUUGCAGCAUUCGAUCAAGAAGUAAAACGUGUACUUUAUCGUUUGAAUCUUAUAAAAGCACGUGCUCUGUUAGAUUUAGCUACGGAAAUGAAUCAAUUGUUUGAUUUAUAUGCGUCGAUGUCACGCCAAAUUGAAGAACGCAUGAACCUAGAAAAGGCAGCUGUUCAAAGACUGUGCACAGUUUUGUCAAGAUGUGUUGAAAGAGAAGAGAAAAUUCAACCUGCAUUAUUGCUGGAGAAGACCGGUUUCACUAUACAUCCUAAUGCAAUUAUGUUCCCAGAUAAAGUAACUCCGACCACACCGAAAGUAGAAGAGCCAUGCCCAAUAGAAGGUUUCCGCGUAGGCCAAUUAGGCAAGCUCAAGGAUCUUCUGAUGGGUGUUGCACCUUUAGGCAUCAUACCUGAACGUGCUUUCGUCUUCAUUAUAGCUGAUCUAAUAUCUCUCAUCGGCUUUGAAAUUCCAGGACACAGCAAACUUCCACAGAGCUGGUCACUAUUACAACCGCCCCAAAUCGAGUGUCUAGUGGAACGCAUUUGUGGACACUCUGAAGCCAUUUGUUGGAAAGACUUUAUAUUAUAUAAUUUAGAAAUCGAUUUUCCUUCAAUGAAAGAAAUCUUACAUGCUCGUAAAAUGUUUAGAAACAUGGAUCAUAGUAAAACUGAUACAAUUACUAGAGAAGAUUAUAAUAAAUUUAAGUUUUGGUUUGAAAGUGAAAUUCCACCAGAAAAUCCACGAGAACGAUUGAAAUUAACUCUAAUUCGAGAACUUAUUUUCUGCCUGUUUGAAGUAGCUCCAAAUGUAUUGGAUUAUCCGGGCUUACUGUUAAAUUUCUGUAAAGAUUAUGAUUCGCGUAGUGGUCUUGCUAAAGCUUUUGCGCUUUCUUUGGGAUCGAUGGUAUGUUAUUCUGAAGAAGAAGGGCGAAAAUAUGAAAAACUAAUGGCAGGAAAAAGUAAACAACAACAACAAAUUGCCAGUGAAUCGAAAGCUGUUGGUGAAGAAAAUUAUGAAAGAGCAGUUGAUUUAACAGUACAAUUAUGUGAAGGCGUUUUCAUCAAAGAUUUACAUGAUCCAGAAGAAAUACUUAGGCCAAUAGUUGAUGGAGCUCUUGACAAUGCCACUGAUCCACGUAGAUUAAAUAAAGAUGAUAAUGAUGAAGAGGAAGUAGAGGAAGAGGAAGAGGAAGAGGAAGAAGAAGACAUAACUGCAGAUAACUCGUUGAAAUAUACAAUAUGUCUAACAACAGUACAAAGUAUUCUUACUGCUACUCUUCCUUGGGCCACUGUAAAACGACCUUCAACCAUAAAUAAAAAGCUAGUUCAGAAUCUUCGAAAAACAUUCAUCAAUUUAGGGAAUCCCGAUGGUUCUAUUUAUAUAUAUAAGCUUCUUAAUAGUGAAUUUAUGAAAGAAAUAUUCUAUAGAUAUUAUAAGUUUAAAGUGAAACAUCCAAAAUAUAUUAUUGCUGAUAUACUUGGAUCCAUGCCCAAGAAUCGUUAUUGCAAUUAA